CAUCCUCGCCCGCUCCCACAUUUCGCCAGACGCGCAGCGGCAGGGCGGAUCCCCGUCUAGCCCCGCCCCAUCGAGUCUAGAGGCGGAGCCCCUGUGAGGCGAGCAGCCUUUCCAUUGGGCCCAGCGGCUGCCAGUCCGCCACGCGGCGCCCCCAUUGGACGCCGCGACCUCUCCCCGCGCGCUCCGGCAGUCGUCGUGUCUGCGGCGAUGGCGGCGCCGGAGCUGAGGGGACCAACGGCUCCUCCCGUCGUCUGGCAGCCGCGUCUCGCCGCCUCCGCCUCGGCCCUGGAGCCGCUGGGCGUGGCCGAGCUGAGGCCCCUGAGGCGCGCCGAGGGGCUCCGCCUGGGCCCCGGAUGGAGCCACGCCCUGCUCCACGCCCCGCAUCCCGGCAUGCUCUUCGCCCGCAUCUCGCUGCGCUACGCCGUCCUGGUGAGGGGCGUGGCUCUUUCUUUUCCUCCUCUUGUGUUGCAGAUUCAGAUGUGGUUCAGUGGCCAGCUGGGGAACCGGGUGCUGGGCUUGGGUGAUGUGUGUCUGACGGAAGCCACCUGGCUUCACACCCACCGAGGGCCCCAGCAAAUGGUGGCUCACUUGUAUGCCAAGCAGUUGACCUUGCUGGAGCUGCAUGCUGUCGAAAUCAGCGCCGUGCACUCGCGGGACCAUCGACUGGAGGUGAUGGGAAUAGUUUGAGUGCCCCUUUACACCCAGAAAGAUCGCAUGGAUCCUUCCUUCCUGGGGAAUUCCUUCGUCAGCACAGCCAAAUUCCAGCUCCUUUAUGUCUUGAAAGUCUUGAAUGUGGUACCUGUGGAGAAGCUUGCAGAAGCUGUGGCUGCCACGCAGAAACCCCAAAGGCCUUCCUCAGAAGCAGCCUCAGCCACCCCCACAACCGCUCCAGCAUCGUCUCCUGCCGCCUUCUGGACCAACAGUCAGGCGGGUGCCAAGGUGCAGCCUCUGCAGCAGAAGGAGCUGCUCUGAGUUGUUUAGGGACUGAGUGAGGAGGACCAAAGAUGGGGAAGGCUUUUGCCACAAGCCUGCACUGUGCCACCUUCUUGCCACCAAUGGCUCAGGCCACCCAAAGCCCUCUGGAAGGCUCCGUCCUGAGGAGACGUUCCACUUGGUGCCCUGUGGACUGCUGGUGCUGGCCACUGGAUUUAUUUAUUUUAAAAGCCUGUUUGUGGAAAGGUGCUUCAGUUCCUACACUGCACUUCAGGAUAUUUAUUUUUUAAUGUGAUAGCUUUGAGCACCAGGGGAGUCAAUUUUGCUGCUGUGCUGAAAGUGGGGACCAGAAUAAAAACCUUUUUUGUUGCACCUGCA